AUGGACAACUCAAACUCCAUAUUGAGCUUAGUAUUCCUUCUAUUAUUAUUAUUUGCAAAGGCAAAUAAUUCAAUAGCAACUAGCUAUGGAGGGGUAGAAAGCACAAGGAGAAAGGUAGAUAGCCAACAUAUUUUACAUGAAAUAAUUUUUGAUUUGGGAAGGAAGAUGAAGAAUAUGCAAUUUAAUAAUAAGAGGGCAUUGGUGGAUGAAGAUAGACUGGCUCCUGGAGGACCUGAUCCUCAACAUCAUUAACAACAACAGUAU